AAGCAAGCGAGUUGCGUGAUGUGAUGCGACGCUUUAUUUUAAAUAAUGUUUGUGAAUUUUAUUGUAAAUUGUAAAUAACAUUGAAACAAGUGUUCCUAGCAAGUAACUAAAUUAUUUACUAUGGCACAAACAGAAGACACUGAACUUCGUGACUUAGUAAUAGAGGCAUUAGAAAAAAAUGGUUCUCUAGCAAAAAUACGCGCUUUGCUACGUGCAAACAUAUUCUUGGCGUUCGAAGACGAUUGUGAAAAUCUGAAGAAGAAUGACACGUUCGUUAAAGUGCUACAGUUACCUGAAGGUAAAUUUUGUCUUUCUAUAAUUCAUGAAUUUUUAGAAUUUUGCAACCUCAGAAACACGUUGUUUGUGUACAAAGCUGAGACUAGACAAGGAAAGGAAUACAACUAUGACAGUGUAAACACGAUCGCGGACAAACUUAAUAUAUCAAAGUUCGACAGAGAGAACGAACCUAUCUUAUUAACUUUGUUGAAAAAUUGUUUGAAAGCAAGCUCAAAGGCAAGUUUUAACCAAAGUGAUAAACAAAGUGGAACUCGACGUCAGUGUAGGGGUAAAAUUAACUUUAAAGACGAUCAAAACCCUACUUAUAUUGUAAAGGAAGAUUCAAGUACAAACACAAGUCAUACCCAAUCAGAUAAUUCUUCAGAUGAAAAAAAUAAAAUUGACUUGAGAUUGACAUUGGAUAACUCUGACACAGAUACGUCCAGUGACUCAACAAGAGGUCAAACACGUUCAGAAUAUAUUCCUAAUAAACACAUAAAUGCAAUGAACACUAAAAUGAAUGACAAUAGAAAUGUAUUAGAUCAACCUCACCAACAAUCAGACAUAAAAAGCAAUUACAAUUAUGUAACAAAAAGCAAUGAAUUAAGUGAAAAAUGUCUUCAUGAUUUAAAAGUCAUUAAUAAUAGCAGUACAGAAUCCACUUCUUAUGCUGAAUUGAAACCUUUUAAUAUGUUGGAUACAGUUCUACUCAAUACUCCAGGAUUGCCUUUCGAAGAAGUUAAGAAGGAUUUAAAGCAGACGUCACCUCACAAUUCAAAUUCUACAGCCUCAAAAAUUGAGUCUUUAUCCCCAAGCCACACAUUGAAUAGUAUUUCUUUAUCCAAAAAAGAGAUCAGUCAUCAAGAUUCAAAAGCUAGUAUAAAGAACUCGUCAGGAAAAUCUGGAAAAUAUGAUGAAUAUAGUUAUGAUUUCACAUCGCCUCCCCUUUCUGGUCGACGAGAUGGAUCCGAUAAGAGUCCAAGAUCAGGUCUACAAAAUUCAAAUGUUAGUAAAUCAAAUAAUACAUCAAUUGAAAGUAAUCAACAGAAUUCACCUAGUUCACAGAGUUCAAUUUCACUAUCUGACGUUGCAGAUCUAUUAAGUGAUAGAAGCAAUAAAAAACUUAGCCCAAGUAAUAUAUCCAGUAGACAUAGACUAAGAAGUGAAAAAUUUAACAGAAGUCCCAUCAAAGACCAUACAAAAUUGCUGAGUGAUGACUCUGGGGACUUUUCUGAAUCGCCUAUUCCUUCUCUAUCAAAUCUUAGUCUUGAUAUACAUAGUGACUGAAUAGCAUUGUUAAGUUGUAAUGUAUGCCAAUAGUUAAACAACAGUCUAAAGAUCUGAAUUAGAAAUGACCUUCACCCAUCAAGUUAUUAGAUAAUUAUGAGGUGACAAAUAUUUAAAAAAAACAUACAUGUUGAAUUGAGAACCUUCUCGUUUUUUUUAAGUCUGUUAAAAAGUGUUUCACAUCAAAUUUAGUAUCUUAAUAAAAAAAAAUUGUGAGUGGGUUCCAUAAAGGUAGAUGUCCAAACUAUUAUUAACUAUUAUUAUUGUUAGUUUGGGUAGGAAUUUUUAGGCAAACUAUUCACAAUGUAUAUUUUUACAUACAAAAUUAUCUAUACUAAUAUUGUAAAGAGGGAAGAUUUGAUUAUUUGUUUGUUUGCAUUGAAUGUGCUCUGAAGCUACUGAACUGAUUUGAAAAGUUAUUUAAUUGUUGGGAAGCUACACUAUCCCCGGGUGCUAUAGGCUAUAUUUCCAUAUUUCUAUGGAAACAGGAAAUAUGUGGGUGAAACCAUGUGGUGACUACUAGUAUUAAAAUAAACAAACAUGUGAAGGUUGUUUCUAAUUCGAUCUUCUACUGAUAACUUUUAUACAAACUUGUUCUGAAUUUCUAAGUUAGUAUGUUAAACAUAGAUGAAUUUCCAUUAUAUUGGAGUCAAACACCACCAUCAAAUUCACUUUAUUAUAGACUGCCUUGUUGGUCCAGUGGUUAUCCUAUGUGUUUCAAUUUCUUCAAAGAAGUUAAGCCUGGAGUUGCGAAUAAAAGAGUGUCACACCCCCAUGUCUCUGGUCAACUAUGGUCAUUAGCCAAUCCACAUUAUUGAGCAGCAUGGUGGGUCUAAGCUCCAUAUCCACCCCUAUAAACAGGGUGCCUAGCCUGUACUGGACCAUUGAAAUAAUGUGAACAUAAUAUACUUACUGUAUAUUAUUCCAGAAAAAUAAAUAUUGCAGAUUGAGGGUGCUACAAGUACAUUUUAGUAGGUAUGCUAGUAAAAUAAAUUAUAGUGGGAGGAUUAAUCCCACUGACUUUUACUGACUGGAACUAAUAAUUGUACUUAUAGUUCCUUUUUCCACAAUAGCAAAGUAUUUUAAUUAUCUAUAGGUCUAUGAUGCGCGCUAUGAAUAAAAAAAUAUAGUUUGCCAAUAUCGGCCGUACCGGAAUUAUCCUUCUUUCUUAUGGUAGUCUUCCACAGAUCCGCAACAUUGGAUUGAACGGAUUUUAUCUACCGUAAAAUAAUAAAAAUCUGUUUAGUGCAAUGCGUUCGAACGUACGAUAUGGACGCCUAUGUUUAGUUGCCGCUAUUACUCGACAAUAUCUCUUUUCUUCACAAGACACGUUGUGGCGCGCAUCGUAAGCCUACUAGUCAGGCUAUAAUUGCUAUUCAUUGCUGUAUUGAUCCCAAUAAUACUUUAAGCGGCCAUAUUUAUUUAUAAACAUGGAUUUAAGCAUCAAUUUACUUCCAAUGUAUAGGUAAAGUGAAUUUUGAAUUUUUAUCCAUGUUUAUAAAUGUGGCUAGAGAGCAGGUACUCCAUAAGUAGGUAUGUUAAAGUAUUUUCAGAUAGCAUGGUUACAGUGACAGUUCGUUUCACUUUUUAAAGUUUGCCGCGAUUCACGAUAAUACACCGUAUUAUGAAUGUCAUAAGGCAACUUUCACCAUACCUACCCAUGCUAUCUGGAAAAUACUUUAGGAAAGUAGUUUCAAAAACCUUUCAAUUUAAAUAGUGAUAUUAUGCCUAAAAAUAUUAUCACUAUAAAAUAUGAGUAGCAUGCUCACACAUUACAGGUAACAAAAGUUUUGAAUUUUGUGUGUGAAUUUAUGUUUAACACUAUACUAUACUAUACUGUAUUAAGAUCACUGUGUACACUUUUUUGUUUUGCUACAGGGUUACCUAUUAUUCUGCAAACUAAAUUUGUAACAACUUAUGUUGUGUUAUUAUAUUUUACAUUCUUAGUUGGAAUAUCUCUGGAAAUAUUAAUUUCAAGUGUUCUUCUGUUGAUUGCUCUGUUGUAAUUUUCUUAGAUAUUUCUUUAUUGAUCAAUUGAAGAAUUGACAUAAAUAUUUUUUACUUAUUAUUUAAAUUAUAUAUUAUGUAUAUUGUAUAUGUUACAUAAAAUCUAGUUUGUUGUUAAAUCCUAGGAUUUUCUUAUAAAAGAGACAAGCCAACAACUUAAAAUAAUAGAAAUGUUUUCAAAAAUAUUUUACAAUAUGUACCUAUUUAUUUAACUGGAUUUUAUUUUUUAUCUGGAAGAUCCUAGGAUUUACCUAAACUGAGAUGAUACUGAACAUAUCAAGAAAUUUAAAUAUCAGCACAAAUUCAAUUCAAAGUUUUAAAAAAUCUGGAAAUUUAUUGUACCUCUAAGUUUUAAUUCCAUUAUUUUCACAAUGAAUUAAGCAAUAAAAAUAAAACCUACGUGCAUUUUUAAAACCUUUUUAAAGAUUUUUGAGAAAUAAUAAUUAUAAGACAAGUGAAAAAUUUUAUUAGUUUUAAAUUAUUAUACACAUAUAACGUAAUAAUUAGUUAAGUAAUGCAAAUUUAAAUAGAAAUAGAUUAAUUUUAAUUUAUAUAUUUACCUAAAAAGAUUGUACCUAGCAAAAAUUCUCAGUGAGUAUUAAAUAAUGUCUUAUAAAAUGUUUACAGUGUUCACGCAUGAAAUAGGUAGCAUUUAAACUGUUUAUACUGUGGUUAACUGGAAUAAUUUCAUUUUUAAAAUGGUUGUGCCUUAAAACAAAAUUUAUUGUGGUUCCUCUGAAAUUAUCAAACAUGCUUGUCAAUUUCCUUUUCUAAAUGACAUGGAGAAGUUACUUUGAUUGCUAUAACUUUAAGAAACAAUAUUUUUGAUGAGCUAAACCUAAAUGAUUACUCUGAUUGUAUUUUCAAUUGAUAGUAAACAAAGAUCUCAUAAGGUGACUAUAAACAGUCACUAUUUUUUACCUACAUAUUACUACUACUACUACUACUACUAGCAGACGCCCGCGACUUUGUUCGCGUAAAAUCUGUUUUUAGUCCGUGGAUUAUUCCGGGAAAAAGUAGCCUAUAUGCACACACUCGAAGGUAUACUUUAUCUCUCUCGUUCAAACCGGUUCAGCGGUUUAGCCGUGAAAAGGUAACACUCAGACAGACUUACUUUCGCAUCUACAAUAUUAAUAUAGAUUGUAGGUUAAAGUUGCCCUUAACAAAUAAACGCCUUGGUGAGAUUUUUGCAAUCAUACCCUGCAGGCUUACACCCUUUGCCUACAAUAAUGAUAUUAUUUUUAUAUGAAUAUUAUACGAAUGCAAUAUGUCAUUUCGUUUUUCAGAACGAUCUUGAUGCGUCAGACAAAAAUAACUAAUUUUAAAUGCACUCUGGGCGUAAAAGCGCUGCUGUGUCGUGAAGCUUUUAGUUCCCAAAUCAUGGGGUGACAUGUCAUGGUAUAAUGACACAUCGCCUCAAUAUGGCGUAUUGUAACUUCUCAAAUUUCACUGCGUAUCGUUAUGUAAGCCGAUGGACGUCCACUGCAGGACAUAGUUUUUUUGUAGGGACUUCAAACAUUACGAUCCUGUGCCGCCUGCAUCAAGCGAAUCCCUGACUCCCUUAAUGUCCUCAGUCCAUCUGGUGGGAGUCGACCAACACAGCGUUUUCUAGUGGUCGCCAUUCCAGCACCUUGGGGCCCCAACGUCUAUCGGCUCUUCUAACGGUGUAUACCUCCUUAAAAUACCGUGUUUAGCUCGCUCAUGUUCUAAAUUUUUGAAUUACCGCAGAGGAAAUUGACAAACCAAAAACUCUAGUCCUAUCUGUUCUUUUUGAGAACUAAACAUGUUCCGUCCAAAUUGCUCCAUUGUCAUGACAGUCUCUGGUAUUGUUUAAAAGUGAAAAUUUGACAAACAAUAUCUAAUUACAAUAAUUGUGUAAACAAAUUUAAUAAAAUGCUUUAUAAUUUGCUGAAA